AUGGUGGUCCACGCGCGCCUUCGCUGGCUGCGCGAUCAGGUCGUCGCCGGAGCCGCCGCGCACCUCACCUUCGGCGCCGCCGCCAUCGAGGGCCGCGGGAAGGUCAAGGUGGUCCUCGACCCCGCGCGGCCGCGCACGUCGCCCACGGCGCGGGCCGUGCUUCUCAGCGCCCUGACGGCCCUCGAGGAGCAGGCUGGUAACGCUGUCGUGGUGGACCGCGGCCACCGCUUCUCCGACGGCCGCACGGAGGUCUGCUUCUGGCUCAGCGCACGCCCCGCGGCCAGCCAGCUGGAUUUCAUGCUGCUCGUGUCGAUGGCCAUGCCGAUGUCCGUCUUCCAGGUGCUGGUGCAGUACAUGCUGCUGGUGUCGUCGGCCAUGGCGAUGCCCGCGCUGGUUCAGCUCAGGCUGCUGGUGUCGACGGCCAUGCCGAUGCUCGCCUUUCUGGAGUUCAUGCUGCUCGUGUCGACGGCCAUGCCGAUGCUCGCCUUCCGGUUGCUGGUGCAGUACAUGCUGCUAGUGUCGACGGCCAUGCCGAUGGCCGCGCUGGUUCAGUUCAGGCUGUCGGUGUCGCUGGUCUCCCCGGAGGUGGCGAUCCUCCGGUUGGCCGUGUGCCUGGCGCCGCCGCGCAUCCUGGUGCCGUGGCUCCCGCGGGGCCCCUGCGUGGAGUAUCUGCCCCAGAUGCGGUGGAGGCGGCUUCGGAGCCAGCAGCGCGGCCUGACGCUGGAGUCCCUGUGCCUGUACCUGUCCUUCCUUCAGUGA